CAGUUGAAAUGCGAUGAACCUUCCCAAAACCCACAACGUUGACUUUGAAGAAAACGAAUCUACGUUCGUUCAUUCGCAACUCGUUGACUGCAUAACCUGCAGACAAAUAUUGGAACUAAAUUCAUUUAACAUUCACAACCAUCAAAGUUUCUAAUGCGCCCAUAAUAAAUAGCAGCGGAUGUCUAACAUAUAUAGCCCUUCUGGGAGAUGAGUUACCAAUCUAAUGUUCUCAGUUUGACAGAUUAGAAGGUAUCUAUCUACGAGAAAUGGGUACGAGAUUAUCCGAAGCAGCUCGUACAGGGAACAUCGAGUACUUGCACUACCUUGUUCAAAAUGAUCCUCUGAUACUCGAGACCGCAGCUCUAGAAGUCGGACAGACUCCAUUACAUGUUGCUGCUCUAGCAGGUCAAGUCGGAUUUGCACACGAGAUCUUAAAGUUGAGGCCCGAGUUAGCGGAAGAGAUGAACCCAGAUGGUCUCACACCGUUACACAUAGCAUCAGCCAAGGGGAACCUCGAGAUGGUAAGGGAGCUGCUGAAACUAAGUCCUCAGCUGUGCCUUUCAAAGGGCAAGGAGAGAAGGAUUCCUCUGCACUAUGCAGCUCUCAAAGGGAGAGCCGAGGUCUUGAAAGAGCUGCUCUCGGCUUGUCCGGAAUCGAUCGAGGAAGUCACGGCCCGAGGCGAGACUACACUCCACCUUGCGGUGAAGAGCAGACAGUUUGAGAUUUUCACUUUGCUGGUGGAGGAGCUAAAGUGUACUAACAGAGUGAGCAUUCUGAAUCGGAAGGAUGUGCAAGGCAAUACUGUUUUGCACAUCGCAGUUUCAGCAAGGCAAUACGAGGUAGUAGACUUCAUCCUCAACGGGAAAACAGUCAACAAGGAAUUGGUGGAAGUGAAUGCAGUGAACCAAAUGGGCCUAACUGCUCUCGAUGCCCUAUCGGUUUUCACAAGUGAAGCAGGAGACAAGGAAAUCGGUGACAUCCUCAUUCUCGCUGGUGCUACGAGCAUGCGAAUAGCCACAGAAUCACCAGAGGAUCGUACCUCUGACACACCAUCGAACAAUUGCCCAAGAACUAGAACCGGUAUGUGGUGGCAACGAGUGAUAUACUACCUCAAAUGCGACAGUAACAAGUGGUUCGAAUAUUUCAAAUUCAAGAAGGACCGGGACUCCCCAGAUGACGUGAGGACCGCCCUUCUGGUGGUGGCUGCCCUCAUCACGACCGCCACCUACCAAGCUGUGCUUCAGCCCCCAGGCGGGCUGUGGCAGGACAAUUUGGGGGGCCCUGUUAGCAGCACUACAAAUAACACCACAUCAGAUGAGAUUUUCACCAAACCACAUAAGGCUGGACAGGCUAUUCUGGGCAACCUCAAUCCCGUUUCUUACAUCCUCUUCCUGGUCUUCAACUCGCUUGGAUUCUUUGCUGCAAUUCAGAUGAUCAUGUAUCUGACCACCCGGUUUCCUCUGCAGUUAGAGCUGAGGAUUGCGUUGUAUGCUCUAAUCGCGACAUACGAUACCGCAAUGGGAGCCCUCACUCCCAACACUUUCUUCAACUUCUUCUUUGUUGGCCUUUCUAUUAUUCUACCCAUCCUGAUGGCCGUUCUGUCGGAAUGGUUAAGAAAAUGAUCAGGGAGCAGUUCUUCGCCAUAUAUUUAUGUUCGAUACCUACUUGUACGAAGACCCAUAUAUGAUAUAUAUGAAUCUGAUUAUAUUUUUGUCUA